AUGGGCGGGGACCUUGGGAAUGUUCUGCCGUCUGAUUCGGAAACGAGUGCGACUUCCGGCAGUGAGAGCCACAGUCGUGGUACUUCACCGUCAUUGACUUCAUCGCAAGGCGAGGGGGUGCACGAGCCGAUGCUUUGGGGGCUUGGACUUAUGGGCCACGAAGAGCAACAGGCAGCCGCUGUGCAUCAGAGCCUUAAGAUGAGCCAUGAGCACCAUCAACGUCGGCUACUUUCCCAACGUCGACUUGCGCACCCGGAGGUUGCGCGGGUGGGUGACUCAUACGCCUUCCUUCUCCGGCUAGAGCAUCUCGCAAAAGACGAUGCUGUGCUCUUACAAACCUUCUCAAAUGGUGACUUUUUCAAGCGACUUUUAGAGUUACUUGAGACACCUCAAUCAGCGGGCAGCGGUCGGAACGAUGUGGUAGCCAUAGAUGAGAUCCUCUACAGGGCAAACCCUCUCUUCCGUGAGAAGUACGCAAUACUGAUGAGGACAAACCAACUUAACAAUGAUGAUCGUGGGCCCGGGAGCGCUAAACUCGCUCGAAUCAGUGAGUACGCUGAAGAGGAGCCAAGUGCACAAGCCAUGACGAGUAGUUGGCAACCUGUAUCUCUGCGGAAGCGAGCGGCGCGUGGGAGGGAUUCGGGUACAUCCUCUACAGAGCAGCGAUCCGCCAUGAAGCGGCAGCGAAAGGAUAAAAAGGUUAGCUCCACCUCAUUGGGUCUGGUGGCACAAUCGAUGCAGGAGUGGGAGAAGCAUUUAGAGGCCGAGUUAGUUGCCGAGGGUGAGACCGUUGACAGCUUCCGGCAGGGGAAAUCCAAGUCCAGCUAUGUCGAGAAGGAGCAGUUCCAGAGGGAAGCACAAUGGAACGAAUUUUUACGAGAGAAGGCUCUUGAAGACCAGCAACGCGAGUUGGCUGCAAAGCGUGCGAUUCGUAGGGGGGAGGUUGAUCCGUAA